UUCGGGGUUGGCCGGUUUUUCUUUGGGUGUAACCAUCUUAACUGAGAGCAAAGCAGUUUCAAAGCGAAGACUGCGUUGAAAUGCUUGGACAACAGCAACGCUUUAGGACCGCGGGGCUCCUCACUUUUAGAACUAGUGUCUUUCCUCAAUCAUAAAUUCGUUUUGGAUUACUUCGAAUUUUCGUCGGGUUUUUGUUCGGAACCGCGCCGGUGUACCUUCGGUUGACGAAAAAAUCUCUAAUGUAUUUAAAGAAUAUUCUGGACACAACGAAAAAGAUGCUGACAUUCUACAAAAAGGAGAUGUGAGAGGUACCUUGAAAGGGAAGGAAGCCGAGAGGAAUACUGGUGUUAAUCACUAAUCGGUGGUAUUUCGUCAAAUGUCAAGCUAUAAAGCAGCAAUUUGUGUUUAUACACGAAGACGAAAGCACGCAUCGAAAUUACCAGUACGAAAUAAAUACCAUUUGUAAUAUUGUUUUAGCAUACUCUUAACUGGAUCCACAAAAUUGAGUAUCAUAACUCUCGGAAAAUGGCUGUCAGUACGUCUUACGCUAUGGAAGACAAUGUUCUUCACACACCAAAGUUUGUCGAAACUAGUUUCGAUUUCAGUUCCAUAUUCGUUUCCAAAGAUCUCAACACUGAAAUCGAUGAUAGCAGUGACGCAAUAAACAUUACAGAUUGCCCAAUCGAUAUGUUAGACCAAAAAUCCAUGGACACAGACAACCUAGAAUCAUCUUCUUCUGCGGAAGAUUCCGUUGUGCCUGAAAGUGCAGAAAACGUCUCGAUAAAACUUCCCAACUACAAUCUGAGGCAGAGGUCUAUAAAGAACCGCAUCGAAACAGAAAUACGGCGGAAAAUAUCCAAAAAGACGCCGAAGCCAAAACAAAAACCGGCACCUCUGAGCAAAUACAGGAGAAGGACAGCAAACGCGCGUGAAAGAACUCGUAUGCAAGAGAUUAAUGAUGGAUUCGAGAAGCUCCGGAAGGUAGUGCCACAGUUUCCCACCAAGCCUGGCCAUGACAAUACAAAGUUGACAAAAAUAACCACUUUGAGACUAGCUGUGAACUACAUUGCAGCUCUCACUCAAAUCCUGGUUCAGGCAGACGCUGCAGGCAGCGGAACUGCACCUAAUGACAGGCUUGUGGACAACGUGAUGCACCAACACUCUUCCAUAGAUGCCAUAGAUUCUACAGAUCUCCUAGGGGCAGGGCUGGGCGCCGUAUAUGACUGUACCGAAUUUUUGGACGACUCUUUUGAUCUCAUUCUUAAGUCAGAUGGUGACAGCCUCCCACUUGAGUAAUGACAUAAAACGUGUAAUCAAAUAGUUCAUUAUUGUGCGUAACUCAGAAGAAAUGAGUGUGACUUAUCAACAUUAAAUGUGACUUAAACUCAAACUAUACAUUUGUUAUGUCUUUAUGCAGCACAUUUUUCAUGAUAGAUCGCUUAGUUUUGUGCUAUGAAUGUGACUUUUUAUUGAUUGUGCAACCCUAUGAAAACAUUAUUGAUUUCAUCAAAAGAGUGAGUUGAUCUUUUUAUAGGCAAUAUGCAUGUUUUUUUUCUUCAAAAAAUAAAUCACGAAAAAUUUGGCUUUUAAUAUUAGUGAAAUCGUAUUUGUGUGAUCAGGCAUGCAUGUAAUUUAUAUGUUAACUUAUAUACUUUAAAAUUGAAAAGAAAAAUAGAGUUAUGAAAACAAAAUUAAAUUUCUAAUAUGAAAUAUUGGUGCUAUGCUUUUAACAAUUAUAAAUUGUUUGGAAACAUUAUAUUAUAGUAUUGUUCAAAUGUCUUGAAAAAAAGGGUCAAGUUAAACAAUAUUAUCUUGAAAAAUGAGUUAUUUUUCGUCAAUAUAAUACUUAAUUAAGGACCAAGCAAUUUAGCAUAUUAUUGAAUCUUUUAUUCUGAGAUCGGCAAAACUUGCCAAAAGGUCAUGUUACAAAAUUCCUUUAUUUCUGCACUGGUAGCAUUCUGGAUGUUUAUUCGCCUUUAAACUUUGAAGAAAGCAGUAAUUUAAAGUUCUAAAUUAAUUCAGAAAAUAAAGAAUUCGUAUUUAAAACGAAAAUUAAUGCCAAAAUAUCUUCAGGCGAAAUAUUUUUAAAACAAUUCAAAGAAAAUGAACAUAUCAUUCAAUAUGAGCGACUAUUCAUAAAGUUCGAUAAAUAAUUCUGCAUUUGAAAUUAUUUAAUGGAGAAAAGUGAUGGAUUAUUACGGAUGCUGGAAUUCUCAGCAUUGUUUAAAAACUAUGUAUAGAAAUGUGAUUUUCCGGUGAUACAAUUUUUAUUCUUGAUUAUUUUUCUUAUGAAUAGAAAUAUUUGCUGGAAAAUGUAUGGCUGGUCAUAGAUUUUUCGCUUUAUGUGGUAAUCAAAACUUUUAAUAAUUUUUUUUUCGUUUUUUGUUUAUAAAUAUAUAUUAUCUUUCUGUGACUUGUAAAGAGAAAAUCAAUCAAAAAUAUUUCUAUACAUAUUUAUAAGAAUUUGAUUU